AUAACUCUCUAUCUUUUACCAAAGUAUUAAGUCUCAAGCACAGUGGCUAGGUGCCCCAGAUAAUUCACUUUGGUCUUAUUAGAAAGAUUAGUGAAGUCUGUUCUGCACCCUACCAUUGUCUAUUCUACCAUUUUCUCUUCUCUGCCAAGAACCAAAACAAACCAAAUCACCACUGCAAAAGUUAAAACAAGGCAUAAAUUAACACCCGCUUUUUUUUUUUCUUUUGUUCAACCCAUUAAUUAUAAAUCUGGUGUCUUUUUAUUACAAGGGUUAGAUUUUGGGGUGGUUGGUUUUAAGAUCAUGGAUUUGGAAUUCUUGCAAUCUGUGGAUGUUCAGAUUCUUGCUGGUGUAGCAGUAGCUGUUUUAGCCAUUGUUGUUGCUGUUGCUUAUCUGUUUUCCUCUAGGAAAUUCAAAGGCUGUCUAGAUCCAGAGAAUUUCAAAGAGUUUAAACUUGUCAAGCGCCAGCAGCUGAGCCAUAAUGUGGCAAAGUUCACAUUUGAACUUCCUACUCCUACUUCAGUUUUGGGUCUUCCCAUUGGACAGCAUAUAAGCUGCAGGGGCAAGGAUAGCCAAGGUGACGAGGUUAUUAAACCAUAUACACCUACAACAUUGGAUUCUGAUGUUGGUUAUUUUGAAUUAGUUAUUAAGAUGUAUCCUCAAGGAAGGAUGUCAUACCAUUUCAGAGAGAUACAUGUUGGUGAUUAUCUUGCUGUGAAGGGACCCAAGGGGCGGUUCUCAUAUCAACCCGGUCAAGUUAGAGCAUUUGGGAUGAUUGCUGGAGGCUCUGGCAUUACUCCAAUGUUCCAAGUAGCCAGAGCCAUAUUGGAGAACCCAAAAGACACGACAAAUGUACACCUUAUUUACGCAAAUGUCACAUAUGAGGACAUUCUUUUGAAGGAAGAGUUGGAUAGCCUUGUUGCCAAAUACCCUGGUCGCUUCAAAGUCUACUAUGUUUUGAACCAGCCUCCUGAAGUAUGGGAUGGUGGUGUUGGCUAUGUGUCAAAGGAAAUUAUUCAAACCCAUUGCCCCGCACCGGCACCUGAUAUCCAGAUUCUAAUGUGUGGCCCGCCACCCAUGAACAAGGCCAUGGCUGGACACCUUGAAGCUCUUGGAUAUUCAACCGAUAUGCAGUUCCAAUUCUGAUCCCUCUAGACGAGGUCAAGCUCCACUCGACUGUUAUUUAUCUUGUUCAUUGGUGCGAACAAAGCCAUUUGUUAUGUGCUCUUCUCCUGUUCUAAUAGGAACUUUUUAAGCAUUUGGAGCCAAUGGCCACUUGUUAUAAGGGUUUACCAUGACCCAUGUACUGGAAUAAUUUAGAUUUAGUGAAGCAAGUGAGCUAUUUUCCUUUUAUUUUUUAAAUAAAAUGAAGCUAGUGAAUUCAGCAACCUCAUUCUGCAACUUUUAUAAGUAGAAAUUGUCCCCAUUUUGAUGUUACUAUUGAGGAAAAGAUCAGUCAACAUUAUCCCAUUUUGAUGUUACUAAUGAAGAAAAGAUCAGCAAAUAUUAUCCCAGCAAGAAGAUGACAAUGUAGCUCAGUAGCAGAGUUGCUU